AUGGCAGACAUGGAGAGCAAACAGGGUCCUGCUGAGAGCCAUGAUCCGUUUGGCGACGAGGAAACCACCGAGGUGCAGUACAAGACGCUGCAGUGGUGGCAAUCUGGUAUUUUGAUGAUCGCUGAAACCGUCUCUCUGGGCGUCCUCUCGUUACCCGCCACUGUUGCCGCUAUUGGAAUCGCUCCAGCAACCGUUUUGAUUGUCGGCCUAGGCAUUAUAGCCACCUACUCCGGCUAUGUCAUCGGCUGCUUCCGCCAACGAUACCCCUUCAUCCACAGUUUCGCCGACGCCGGUGAGGUCCUCCUGGGGACUCCUGGCCGUCUCGUCUUCGAGGUCGGCCAGUUGAUCUUCUUCCUCUUCGCCACAGGCAGUCACUUGUUGACUUUCACCGUCAUGAUGAACACGAUUACCGACCAUGGCACUUGCUCGAUUGUGUUUGGCGUUGUCGGCAUGCUGCUCUCGUUUAUCUGCUCCUUGCCCCGGACCAUGAAGAACGUGUCCUGGCUGGCCAUUACAUCAUUCGUGAGCAUCUUCACCGCCGUCCUUAUCACCAUGAUCGGAGUCGCAGUGGAACGACCCGGCCAAGGGUUCGACGUCGUCCGCCACACCAGCUUCGUCAACGGAUUCACCGCCGUCACCAACAUCAUUUUCGCCUACUGCGGCCACGCAGCUUUCUUCGGGUUCAUCGCCGAAAUGAAAGACCCCCGCGAUUACCCGAAAUCCCUAUGCAUGCUCCAAGGCUUCGAGAUCAUCCUCUACACCGUUGCGUCGGCGGUGAUCUACCGCUACGCUGGACAAGACGUCACCUCGCCUGCUUUGGGUUCGACGGGGCCUCUCCUCCGCAAGGUUGCCUAUGGAAUCGCCUUCCCGACUAUUGUCAUUGCAGGUGUGAUCAACGGCCAUGUGGCGAUCAAGAACGUGUUCGUCCGUCUCUUCCGCGGCACGGAGCUCAUCCACGAGCGCGGCCUGCGCGCGACAGGCGCGUGGGUGGCCCUCACCCUGGCCUUCUGGACCCUCUCGUGGGUCAUCGCCGAGGCGAUCCCCGUGUUCAGCAAUCUGGUCAGUCUGAUCAGUGCCCUGUUUGCCAGCUGGUUCUCGUACGGCCUGCCGGGUGUUUUCGGUCUCUACAUGGACUUUGGAAACUACUUUGGCUCCACGAGGAGAACGGUGAUCUCUCUGGCGAAUCUGGGUCUCGUGGUUGUUGGAGUGACGGUAUGUGCGUGUGGUCUCUGGGUGUCUGGAGUGGCCAUCCACAACGACAGUUCCAAGACGAGUUUUUCUUGCGCAAAUAAUGCAUAGACAUGGACAGUGGGCAUGAAUAGACAUAGACAUAGACAGGUAUAGACAGGCAUAGACAUGGACAUUUAUAGACAGCAUAUAUAGACAUAGAUAGGCAUAGACAAAAGACAGAAUAAUGGAC